UCUUUAUCCAGAGAAUAUAGUGGUUCCUAUAAGGUGUCAGGACGUCACUGUCUAUUUCUCCAUGGAAGAGUGGGAGUAUAUAGAAGGACACAAGGAUCUGUACCAGGACAUAGUCAUGAUGGGGGAUCACCGGCCCCCAACAUCACCACUGGAUAUAGACCCAACAAGGAUGGAGAAGGCCAGAAAGCACAUGGCUGCCAGGAUAUUACACCUCACCCUAGAGAUAAUCCACCUGAUAACCGGAGAGGAUUACACAGUAGUGAAGAAGUGGUCUGGUGAGUGUGUGACCCCCCGUGUGUCAGGAGGAUCGGGCACCACCCAGAGCCCCACCCCCGAGGAGCCUCCACCUCAUUCACUGAUACAUGAGCAGAAGAUCCUAGAACUGACCACCAGGAUGACUGAGCUGAUGACUGGAGAGGUUCCUAUAAGGUGUCAGGACGUCACUGUCUAUUUCUCCAUGGAGGAGUGGGAGUAUAUAGAAGGACACAAGGAUCUGUACCAGGACAUAGUCAUGAUGGGGGAUCACCGGCCCCCAACAUCACAAGAUGGACAUACAGGAGAUGAAGUAAUGGAUAGAAAUCCACCCGAGAGGUGUCCCCGUCCUCUGUAUUCCCAGGACUGUCCAGAGGGAAAUGUCCCAGAGAAGCAUCAGGGGGGAGAUCUGACUAAUAAUGAAGUGGAGGAAGAAGAAGAGAGGAUGAGCGGCCAUCACCCGUGUAUGAGGGAAGUGAAGGAGGAAAUUCCAGGAGGUGUUACCCCAGAAAACCCCAUUAAUGAUGCCAAUGGGAACUUUAUAUUAUUACUAAAUCCUAAAGUAAAAGUUGAAGACAUCAUGCAGCACUCCCCAGGAGAUGACUUCCUUCCCCUUACUGUAUAUCCAGGACCUCACAGUACAGAUCUAUCCUAUAAUGCCCCUAAUCAUGGGGAACCUUCUCCUGACCCAUCACAGGUUGUUACCACAAGGACAGAUCAGAGAGAAGGGAAAAUGUUUCAUUGUGGUGAAUGUAAAAAAGAGUUUAAAACAAAUUUAGAUCUUAUAACUCACAGAAGAAGUCACACAGAGGAGAAGUAUUCAUGUUCACUGUGUGGGAAAUGUUUUACAGGUAAAAAAGAGCUUUUAUCACAUGAGAGAAUGCACAUAGCAGAGAAUCCAUAUUCAUGCUCAAAAUGUGGAGAACGCUUUACCAAAAAAACAGAUCUUGUUAUACAUCAGGAAACUCACACAGGAAAGAUGACGUAUAUAUGUCCUGAAUGUGGGAAAUUCUGUAAUUCAAAAUCAAAUCUUGUUAGACAUUUCAGAACUCACACAGGAGAGAAGCCGUAUUCAUGUUCAGAAUGUGGAAAACGUUUUUCAACUAAAGAUUAUGUAAUUGUACACCAAAAAAUUCACACUGCAGAGAAGCCGUAUUCAUGUUCAGAAUGUGGGAAACGUUUAAAAACAAAUGCCACUCUGAGUAAACAUAUGCAAAAUCACACAGGGGAGAAGCCACAUUCAUGUUCAGAAUGUGGGAAAUGCUUUGCAUAUAAAUCACUGCUUGAUAAACAUAAGAGAACUCACACAUGACCGAAGCCUUCAUAAUGUUCUGUAUGUGAAAAAUGAUUUACAAAAAUAAUCAAAUUUUAAAACUUAUCGGAGAAGAAUCUUUUUAUUCUUGUUUGGAUUUUUGUGUUAUGAAAUAAAGAUACUUACAUUGAAAUACCGGAUACAAACUGAAGAGGGAAGAGGAGUCGGGCUCACGAUUCUGGAAAUGUGCAAAAUCAUAUCACAGAAAACAGGCUCUAUGAUUCUAUAGAGACUGUUAGUAAUACUCCGAAAGAUCAUAUUGCAGACAGCAAAAAAGUCUUACUAAAUCUUAACCUUUAAAAGGAGAUAAUUAAAAGAUAAGUCGUACUGACCCGUGAUGAUAUGAAAAACAUAUACAAAUUUGUAAUAAGCAAGAAGUGAAUCCCCAAAAGGAAGAUUGUGCCCUUAUUGCCACAACACACAGAUAUAUAAGUAUCAACCCAAUUGUAUGAACAAGGAUGAGGUAAAAACUGAUUGUUUAAUGGCAAGGGCAUAAAUAACAUUAUUGAAAUAACAAUACAACAACCCGACGUGUUUUCCCCCGAUCAACAGGGUUCUUCAGGGGUGUAUAACAACACAAGGAAAAAAUGGUAUCCCAUCAGUUCCCAUCAGUCCACUAAAGGACCAUUCACUCAGAUACCCAUGGGUCUGUUCUCCAAUAAUAGUGAUUUUGUGAUGCAAUGGAUCUUUUUCUCCAGGUACAACAAUAGCCAGUCCCCAUAGCAAACCUCUCCUGCUCCGGACAGUUCCUGACACGGACAGAGGUGUCAGCAGAGAGCACUGUGGUCGGAUUGGAAAGAACUGCACAACUUCCUGUGGAGCAUACAGCAGCUGAUAAGUACUGGGUAUAGGGUAAAAAAGUUGAUUUAAAAAAAAAAAAAAUUUCCAGUGGAGUACCCCUUUAAAUACCCAAACUUGGUGCCAAACCGGGGAGGACGUCUGCCCCCAUGUGCCCGACCCCUGCUCACGGAUACAGCGGUCGGUGAACAUACAUUAGAUGCAAAAGCAUGCGCAUUGAGCGCUGUGUCCAGCGAUGGUUUGUCUGCCAGGGAGCAGUGCUGAGCUUGUCUGUGUCCCGGCAAGCUCAGCACUGAAAUCUAUUAAAAAAAAAAAGCUUUCAGCCAGGACUGGUAGGGAGACACCUAGUGGUCAUUUUUUUCAAAGUGGAAAAGUAAAUAGAAAAAAAAGCAUAUUUUUUUUAUAACAUGCUAUUGGAAAGUUAUUCUGCAUACAUUAAUCUAUAAUAUAUCAAAAGUUUU